AUGCCGAAGAACCUCUCGGUGGAACAUCAAAUUUGUAAAGCGGCCUCUAAGACCAUCAAUUACAUCUCGGCCGCCCUCUACAUCCUGCCAGUCAUGUUUUUUGGGCUUUUAUUCCUUCUGGUCUGCAGUCAACGCCGUGCUUUUCACCCAAUUUUCAGUUGCCAUUUCAUCCUCUUCCUGGCCGCCUACAUCAGCUGUGACAUUGUCUAUUUGCCGUACAAGCUGUUCUCCGUAUCCGAUCCAUCCUCCCCGACUACCGUAGCCCUGGGUACGGCCAGUGAUACGCUCUAUUUCCUCAUCGCACCCCUCGGAUCGUGCUGUAUUUUGGAGCGUUUCGUGGCUACCGUAUCCUACCGUAACUACGAGAAGCGACGGCCAUGGUAUUUGUUGAUCGUCACACCGCCGAUAUGCCUCGCCUUCGCGCUGGCCAUGGCACUUCAAUAUGUUGACAGCGACGAUUUUUCCGAUUUUGUCGACAAGAGUCUUUGUGUGUUGUCGAUUUUUAACCUUUUGAGCUUAUUAUGCCUCUAUCUCGUCAAUCGGGGCUGUAUUCGGAAAAUGGCCGACGAGAAACGGCAGAAAAGCCUGACGAUGCGAUAUCAGUUGGCGGAGAAUGUGAAGGCCGUAAAUCUGAUGCUACCACUCGUUUUGGUUGACAACAUAAUCACGGUAGUGGAUAUGGUAUUCUACGGUAUCUGGUUUGUUGACAGCCUUUUCGACCCAUCACUAUGCCGCGAAAUUGAGGGCUAUCGAUUUUUCUGGUUGUUAGGAUCGACGUUGAGCUACCUCCUCGAAGCCGUCAUGCCGUUAAUCAUUAUCUUUGGGCACGAAUUGUGUAAAAAGCGGCUGGCCAGGUGGCGUCGUCAAUACUUCCCUCAUCUGUGUACCUCGACGAGAAAGAAAAUGCUGAUACGACCCCAGUCCAGAAAAACAAAGCUGCGCAACGUGCUCGGCGAGGAGAUUGUGCAGGAUUUAUCGAUCGAGGAGUAUUUCGAUAGAUUGAAGGCCCAGUGCUCGUUUUUUUUGGGACUUUCCAAGCCAUUUCCGUGGAAAGUCCGUACCACACAUCUCCUCGAAGUCGUCUGGCAACAGCGUAGCGAGCAUACCGUC